GAUAGUGGCAUACGUUUGGUUCCGAGAUUAAGAAAUCUUAGUCAAUGUUUAACAGGCAUUAUGCAUUACAUAAGCUAGGUUCAAGGUCCAAGGUUCAAGUUUAGCUAAUAUGUUACACCGAAGGAAGAUCAUACCAGUUCAUGAAACAUAUACACGAUUGUGUCUAUCAUUGGUCUUACUCCAGUUGUAUUAGUGUCGGCCGUUAGUAGCACUUCCAGAAGAGACAAGAAUGAAGCAGAGUCUGGUCGGUAAGGUGGCUAUAGUAACAGGAGCAUCACGGGGUAUCGGUAAGGGCAUUGCGCUGCAACUGGCAGAGGCCGGAGCUACAGUCUACAUCACAGGUCGCACGCUGCUGCCUGAUGGUCGGGGGACUUCACUCACAGAAUGUGUGGAUAAGGUCGCAAGCUGCUGCCUGAUGGUCGGGGGACUUCACUCACAGAAUGUGUGGAUAAGGAACAGCUAUAUUUGUGCUGUGUACGCUGCCCGGCUGAUGGUACCGGCUCGGGCGGGGCUCAUCGUCAACAUUUCCUCUGAGGGAGGACUCACUUAUGUCUUUAACCCAGCUUACUGUGUCUGUAAGGCGGCGAUGGACCGAAUAGCCUCAGACUGUGCGCAGGAGUUGUGGGAACAUAACGUGGCUUUCGUCUCCCUGUGGCCGGGCGCUACACGGGCAGAGAUCUUCAUGGAAUGGGCAGAAAACGUACAGCCUGAAACACCAGUGGAGUCAGCGUCUAAGAACAGAUACAUGUUGAACUCUGAGAGUGCCGAGUAUUCAGGGAAAGGCAUCGUCCAUCUUACCACAGACCCUGACAUCAUGGCGAAGACAGGGAGAAUCAUAACCAGUGGUGACCUGGCAGAUGAGUACGGCUUUAAAGACAUUGAUGGCCGGUCUCCCCCCGACUACGUCCGCCGUCUAAGGGACCGACUGUCCAUGACGGGCUACACCAGACUGGCUGCCUGGGUACCAGCCUUUGUCAAGAUCCCCGGCUGGAUGCUUUCUGCGUACUACCACAUUCUGUAGUUUUUUUUAUAUAGAACACUAGCCUGAUAGUGGUAUCUGAAACCAGCUUAGAAAACAAUGAAAAAAUAAUUUCAAUUGGUUGGUAGGAAUUAGGAUAUUGUGAUGCUCAAAAGCUCCGAGAAAGGUUCUGAUAGACAUCUAAAUGUAAGCAACGUUGUAACAAUCCAUGGCCAUGGCUGUGGAGAAUAAAAUCCGAAUAAUCAAGAGAAAUAGUCAUGUAUCCGAUACCCUUCGCCAAAAUAUUUCAUCAUAAUUGCCUUACAGGUGUUAUUAACUUACCAUUCAACCUCACGGAAAUAUAUCUUUUUGGAAUUUAUUUUUUCAUAAAUCGCGGUAUUGAGGGAGCGUUCUAUUUUACUUUUAAACUCUGUCGUUUAUGUGCACAUGGCGAAGGGUCGACGAAAACGAACGGGAAUUAGCUAUGGUGCUUCAGGUAUUUUUGGUGACUAGCAGAGUUCGCCUUACAACCCC